GAUAUUAUUUUUACUCUCCACUCACACACACACUCUCCCCUCUCACACCCAAAAAUGGAUCCCAAUUUCGCCGCCGGUUUCCGCCACCGCCGCUCCCCCUCCUCCGACCGAUUCCUCUCCGUCUUCUCCCCUCCUUCCCCCGCCGGUGAAUCGUUCGCAUCCGCGGCCGGCGACGAGCUAAGCGAGCUCGACGUCUUCUACACCGCCGAUUUCUCCGACGAGCACCGGAUCAGCACCUCCGAUCGCCGCCAGACGGAGAGGUUCGGCAUCCUCGCCGCGCUGCAGGACGAUCGCCGCGGCGCCGUGGUGCAGAAGCCGGCGCUGUGGUCUCCGUCUCCGGCGUCGAUCUCGCGCGACAUUCCGGCGAUUCCGAAGCGGCGGAUGUCGACGGAGCAGCCGAAGAUCUCGCAGUCCAUGCCGGCGCGGCGGUUCCAGAAAUCGGCGCCGGUGAAUGUUCCGAUGAUGCCGCGGAAGGCGGUAGAGGCGUUCGAGGACGAGGCGGGGGAGGAGGAGGAGGUGCUGCCGCCGCAUGAGAUGGUGGCGCGUGUGUCGCUGAGGAACGAGAAGACGACGUUUUCCGUGCUGGAAGGCGUCGGAAGGACGCUCAAGGGGAGAGAUCUGCGGCAGGUGCGCAAUGCUGUGUGGCGGCAAACAGGUUUUCUCGACUAACAUUUUUCCCCAAUUCAACUUCGUUUUUUUUUUAAUUUUUAAUUUUAUUUUUGGAUUUUUUAAUCUACUAUUUAUGUAUUUUGGUACAAUUGAGUAAAUAAUUGAGGUAUCAGACUUGAUUGUUGAUGAUCAUUGGACUUUUUUUAUUGAAGUUGAUGAUCAUUGAACUUUUUUUUAUUGA